UACAAUCCCAUUGAUGAUCCUUCCAGUCCCCCAGUAUCCCUGCAUUCCCUGGUGCAGCAGCUGUUGGUCUCGGCCGCCAUGUUGAUCUCGGUUUUGCCCGCAGCCCGUGAGACAGCAGCAGCAGCAGCAGCCAGGAACAGCAGAGACGCAGGGAAUCAGAGUGAGAGAGAUGCACUAAAACAUCCAAAAUAUAAGACAAACAUCAUAGAAUCUGACGCAGAAGCAUUAUGGAUGCAACAUUUACAACAUGAGAAGUCAUUAUUAACCGUCGUUUCAAAUGGGAGAGUUCUUGGAAUGAGAGGAAAUAAAGAUGGAAUGUUAGGUUUUUCACUUUUAGAGAGGAGCGGUUUCAUUUUUUUAUACUGAACAUUUGAAAUGUAUGCAUUUUUUUUUGUGCUGCAGUCUUAAAACAGAGUAAGAUCAUGGGAGGACCAUUUUAAGUGUUUUUGGCAUGGGUCGGGGUUGAAUUUCAUGGGAUUUGUAGCCCAUUUAGAAUUAGAGAAGAUCAUUUUAAUGCGAAGGAAAAUAUUGUUGCUUGCCAGUUCGUGUUGGGUUUGAGAGUUUUACUUGUUUUACUGUAAAAUGCCGAAGUUAUAUACACUCUGUACUUUUAAAACGCAUUAUUAAUAAUUUCGAACUGUAAAACAGAACAUUAUAGGAAUAGGUUAAAUAUAUUGUAACAAGAACCAGAGACCGGCGCCGUUUGUUGACAUUUUCGUCUGGAUUUUUUUUUUUUUUUAAUAUCCUUUUUUAUUUAUAAACAUACCCAAUCACAGUUUUAAACAAUGUCUGGGGAGGUUCGUUUGAAGAAACUCGAGAAAUUGAUUUUGGAUGGGCCAUCUCGGGCGAAUGGUCAGUGCUUCAGUGUGGAGACGUUGCUGGAUAUCCUAAUUUGUCUCUAUGAUGAAUGUAACAAUUCCCCUCUGAGGAGAGAGAAAAAUGUGCUGGAGUUUCUGGAUUGGGCGAAGCCCUUUACUUCAAAAGUGAAGCAAAUGCGCCUGCACAAAGAAGACUUUGAAAUCCUUAAAGUGAUUGGACGAGGAGCCUUUGGUGAGGUUGCUGUGGUGAAAGUGAAAAAUGCAGAGAAAGUUUUUGCCAUGAAGAUUCUGAACAAAUGGGAGAUGCUGAAAAGAGCUGAGACUGCCUGCUUCCGAGAAGAAAGAGAUGUGCUGGUAAACGGAGACAGCCAGUGGAUCACGACUUUGCACUAUGCUUUCCAGGAUGAAAACUACUUGUACCUUGUUAUGGACUACUAUGUGGGUGGUGACCUCCUUACACUGCUCAGCAAGUUUGAGGACCGGUUGCCUGAGGACAUGGCACGUUUUUACCUGGCAGAAAUGGUGCUAGCAAUUGACUCUGUUCAUCAGCUGCAUUAUGUACAUAGGGACAUCAAACCAGAUAACAUUCUCAUGGAUAUGAAUGGACACAUUCGGCUUGCAGACUUUGGUUCCUGCCUUAAACUCAUGGAAGAUGGAACAGUUCAGUCUUCAGUUGCUGUGGGAACGCCAGACUACAUCUCCCCUGAAAUUUUACAAGCGAUGGAGGAUGGCAAGGGGAAGUACGGUCCUGAGUGUGACUGGUGGUCCCUGGGCGUCUGCAUGUAUGAAAUGCUUUAUGGAGAAACUCCCUUUUAUGCAGAAUCUUUAGUGGAGACAUAUGGCAAAAUAAUGAACCACAAAGAGAGAUUUCAGUUUCCUGUACAACUAAUGGACGUAUCUGAAAAUGCCAAGGACUUGAUCCGAAGGCUUAUUUGCAGCAGGGAACACCGGCUUGGCCAGAACGGCAUUGAGGACUUUAAGAAACACCCAUUUUUUGUUGGCAUUGACUGGGACAACAUCCGAAACUGUGAGGCACCUUAUAUCCCUGAAGUCAGCAGUCCUACCGAUACGUCCAACUUUGACGUAGAUGAUGAUUGUUUAAAGAAUUCCGAAACAAUGCCCCCACCAUCACACACUGCCUUCUCUGGCCAUCAUUUACCAUUUGUUGGGUUUACAUAUACUAGUAACUGUACUCUCUCUGACCGAGGCUGCUUAAGGGAGGUCUCCGGAACCACUUCAACAGAAAUUGACAGCAGAGUCCAGAGAAGUCUAGAAGAUAGCUUAGCAACUGAAGCUUAUGAGAGGAGAAUACGACGUCUAGAGCAAGAGAAACUUGAGCUAAGCAGGAAGCUCCAAGAAUCAACACAGACGGUUCAGGCACUGCAAUAUUCCAGUGUAGAUGGACCAGUAGCUGCAAGCAAAGAAAUAGAAAUCAGAAGCUUGAAAGAAGAAAUAGAAAAGUUUAAAAAACAGAUUGAAGAGUCAGGCCAGUUAGAACAGCAGCUUGAAGAAGCCAGCCAUGCAAGAAGAGAUCUGGAAGAAGCCUCCAGGCAUAUGAAGGCAUUUGAAAAACAAAUAAAAAUGCUGAAGCAGGACAAGGAUGAUCUGUAUAAGGAACUGACUGAUACAAGCGAAAAGCUAAAAUCCCAAACCAAAGAGCUGAAGGACGCCCACAUCCAGAGGAAGUUGGCCAUGCAGGAGUUCUCGGAGAUGAACGAACGAGUCACAGACAUGCGCUCCCACAAACAGAAGCUUUCCCGGCAGCUGCGGGACAAGGAGGAGGAGAUGGAAGUGGUGAUGCAGAAGGUGGAGAGUUUGCGGCAUGACGUCCGCAAGGCUGAAAGAGCAAAGAAGGAGCUGGAAGCUCAGGCGGAGGAAGCUACAGCUGAGGCCUCAAAAGAGAAGAAGCUGCGAGAAAGAAGUGAACAGUACUCCAAACAGCUUGAGGGAGAACUGGAGGGACUUAAGCAAAAGCAGAUGGGCCGCUCACCAGGGAUCAGCAGCAUGGAGCACCAGCAGGAGAUCACCAAGCUGAAAUGUGAACUGGAGAAGAAGAGUGUGUUCUACGAGGAGGAGCUGUCCAAGAGGGAGCUGCUGCAUGCUAGCGAGAUCAAGAACCUCAAGAAGGAGCUGCGUGAUGCAGAGAGCCACCACCUCACCCUUAACAAGGAGAUCAUGAUCCUCAAGGAUAAGUUAGAUAAGACCAGGAGAGAGAGCCAAAGCGAACGAGAAGAGUUUGAAGCUGAAUUCAAACAGAAGUAUGAAAGGGAGAGGAUCCUGUUGACGGAGGAGAAUAAGAAGCUUUCCAGUGAAGUAGAUAAGCUAACAGCUAUGUUUGAGAAGCUGAGUGGCAGUAACAGACAACUGGAGGAGGACAUGAGGGAGCUGGCUGAUAAGAAGGAGUCGGUAGCACAUUGGGAGGCUCAGAUCACUGAAAUCAUUCAGUGGGUAAGUGAUGAGAAGGAUGCACGGGGCUAUCUCCAGGCUUUAGCUACAAAAAUGACAGAGGAAUUGGAAGGCUUGAGAAACUCCAGUCUUGGUGCAAGGGCUACGGACAUGCCCUGGAAGAUUCGGCGCUUUGCAAAGCUGGACAUGUCGGCCCGGCUGGAGCUACAGUCAGCGCUGGAUGCUGAGAUUCGGGCCAAGCAGGUUAUACAGGACGAGCUGAAUAAAGUCAAAGCUUCAAACAUGUCCACCGAAUGCAAACUGCAAGAGUCAGAGAAGAAGAAUGUGGACCUUUUGUCAGAAAUUGAAAAACUGAAGAAGGAAACAGAGGAACUUAGAUUGGAAAAGGGUGUAAAGCACCAAGACUCACAGAAUUCUUUCUUGGCAUUUUUGAAUGCGCCUACCUCUGCUCUGGAUCAAUUUGAUCGUUCUCCUGCCUGUAUCCCAGCUAGCAAAGGCAGACGUAUUGAUUCCAUUGAGAACUUUAACUUGUCCAAUACGCCAUCACGAGAUGAAGAGGCCAAAUCCCUAAUUCAUUCCAGAUCCCGGUCCCCCUCAACUGCAAGCGACAUGGAACCAAUUGAGGUAAUGGAUCACCCACCUCGUACUAUGCAAACACCAACAAUGAGGUCAGCAUAUAGUGGAUCAGGCCUUUCGACGCCCAAGCCCAAAGCACAUCAGUUCGUAGUGAAAUCCUUCAAUACUCCCACAAAAUGCAACCAGUGCACGUCUCUCAUGGUCGGAUUGAUACGUCAGGGCUGUACCUGUGAAGUUUGUGGAUUCUCGUGUCACGUGACAUGUGCAGAUAAGGCUCCAGCUGUUUGCCCAAUUCCACCUGACCAAACAAAGGGACCACUGGGAAUAGAUCCACAGAAGGGUAUUGGGACAGCCUACGAGGGGCAUGUCAGGGUGCCUAAACCUGCCGGGGUGAAGAAAGGCUGGCAGAGGGCCAUCACUGUAGUGUGUGACUUCAAACUCUUCCUCUAUGACUUGGCAGAAGGGAAGGCCUCUCAGCCCAGUGUAGUUGUGAGCCAAGUUAUUGACAUGAGGGACGAAGAGUUUUCAGUCAGUUCAGUUUUAGCUUCAGAUGUCAUUCAUGCCAACAGGAAGGACAUUCCAUGUAUCUUCAGGAUUACGGCCUCCCAGCUCUCAGCGGCAAGUAACAAGUGUUCAAUCCUAAUCCUGGCCGACAGUGAGAAUGAGAAGAACAAGUGGGUUGGAGUGCUAAAUGAACUGCACCGCAUUUUAAAAAAAAAUAAACUCAAAGACAGAUCAGUAUAUGCUCCUAAAGAGGCUUACGACAGCACCCUCCCACUAAUCAAAACCACGCAGUCAGCAUCCAUCAUAGAUCAUGAACGAAUAGCUCUGGGCAAUGAGGAGGGAUUAUUUGUAGUGCAUGUCACCAAAGAUGAGAUUAUCCGCGUUGGUGAUAACAAGAAAGUCCACCAGAUAGAGCUCAUCCCCAGCGAGCAGCUGAUGGCAGUGAUUUCUGGGAGGAACCGACACGUCCGCUUGUUUCCCAUGUCAGCCCUGGAUGGCAGAGAGACAGACUUCUACAAACUGGUGGAAACAAAGGGUUGCCAAACAAUCGUGUCAGGGCAGGUCCGACACGGGGCGCUAACGUGCCUGUGUGUAGCCAUGAAGAGGCAGGUGAUAUGCUAUGAACUGAACCAGAGCAAGUCACGCCACAAAAAGAUCAAAGAGAUCCAGGUGCCGGGCAAUGUCCAGUGGAUGGCUAUGUACAGUGAGCGGCUCUGUGUGGGCUACCAGUCCGGCUUCAUGAAGUACAGUCUCCAUGGGGAAGGGAACCCCAUUAGCUUACUCCACCACGACGACCACACGCUUUCCUUCAUCACGCACCAGGGCAUGGAUGCCAUCUGCGCAGUGGAGAUCUCUAACAAGGAGUUUUUACUAUGUUUCAGCAGCAUAGGAGUGUAUGUGGACUGUCAGGGUCGGAGGUCAAGGCAACAGGAGCUCAUGUGGCCUGCACUGCCAAUUUCCUGUUGUUAUAAUGCUCCAUACCUGUCAGUGUACAGUGAAAAUGCUGUAGAUGUGUUUGACAUCAACACGAUGGAAUGGAUCCAAACAGUUCCAUUGAAGAAGGUGCGGCCUUUAAACACAGAUGGAUCUUUAAAUCUUCUAGGCCUGGAAACUAUUAGGUUAAUUUAUUUCAAGAACAAGAUGGCAGAGGGAGAUGAGCUGGUGGUUCCCGAAACAUCUGAUGACAGCAGGAAGCAGAUGGUGCGAAACAUUAACAAUAAGAGACGGUAUUCCUUCAGGGUUCCAGAGGAGGAGAGAAUACAGCAGAGGAGAGAAAUGCUGAGGGACCCAGAGAUGAGAAAUAAACUAAUUUCCAACCCCACAAAUUUUAACCACAUAGUUCACAUGGGUCCUGGGGAUGGUAUCCAGAUACUGAAAGAUCUGCCCGUGCCAGGUUCCCCUCACCCAUCCCCUAACCAUCACUUGCGCUUGAUCUCUUCUCCGACCAACUUUGAGCACGUCUAUCACAUGACUGUCCAUUCUGCUGAAAACGUCCUCUAUUUUGAUUCCAUAAACCCUUCAUACUCCCCUUCACUGAACUCUCUCCCUGGAACUCCAUAUUCCAUGUCUCCAAGGAACCUCCGUCCUCAAGAGAACCGCACCAUGUUCAGCGGGUCUGUAAGCAUCCCCUCCAUCACCAAGUCCCGCGCUGAGCCAGGCCGCUCCAUGAGUGCAAGCAGCGGACUGGGAUCAAGAUCCACGGCACAGAAUGGAAAUGCUCUCAGGAGGGAGUGCUCGGGAGGAAGCUGCGGGACCAAAAGACAACCAAUUGCGUCACCUUCUGAUGGCUCUUUGUCCUCUGGGGGGAUGGAUGGUGGAGGUGAUGCACCAAUAUCACAGUUUGAAAGAGAGGAUUCCGAUUCCCCUCGACACUCCACAGCUUCCAACAGCUCCAACCUGAGCAGCCCACCCAGCCCAGCUUCCCCGCACAAAACCAAGAGCCUCUCCUUAGGGAGCACAGACCAUGUUGGGUGGGAAACAUGAGCCUCACAAGUCAUCGAAACUUGAAGUCCAAUCAAGUUUCACCUACCCCUCAUUCUCCAGUCCCUCAGACCUCAUUCUUUCUAAUCAUACUCCUUGGGAACCCCCAUCUGCGGCACCCCUUUCACCUCAUUGGCCAUGGGAGAUGCAAAAUGGAAAUCAACAAGACUUCAUCAGAACUCCUAUUGGAUUCAAGAUGUCAAUCAGCUGAUGCAAAGUUUCCAAUGGGGGUGGGGGACAAACGCAAAGACUACUGAACUUGAGCUGAUGUAUACAACUCCCAUUUAUCACAAUCCCAGAUUUGGACAGGAUUUUUGUGUGUAUAAAAACAAACAAAAAAGUGAAUGAUUUGCAGAUGUAUAUAAACACAUGUAUUAAGUUUAUAGAUAGAACUUCUGAUAUAUAUAUAUAGUAGAAUAUGUUUAGUUAGCUUAAAAAAAAUGAGGAGUGCCCUGGAAUCUCUAAACCUCUGCAGUCUUUAAGGAGAGCUAGCUGUGCUGGUGGUUGAUGGUGAGAUGACAAUUAUUAUUAUUUUAUUUUUUUUGCUGCUCUUUAUGGUCUUGUGGAUUUGGUUUUAUAUCGUGUACACUAACAUUGGUGGUAGGAGGGACAGCGUCUAUAAGGUAAACAUGCCACAGGGGCAAAGGCAAAAAAAUCGAAAUGCUCAGUGUUUCGUUUACUGUUAAGUGUUGACGUGUUUAUUAAAUACUAACCAGUGCUUAAAGGUAUGAACAGUUAGCAGCUUCAUUCAGCAAGUAAUAUAUUUAGUAAAAUAGUUAAUGUAAAGGAAGUUCUUUACCAUCUGUCCAUUUUGUAGCACACCUCUACACUCCAGUAGCCCACAGCCAUCAAAGCAGUUUAGAUUCUUCAUUUGUUUCGUGUCAGCAGCAAUGACGCUAUCUCCAGUUGAAAUAGAAACAGCUUACAGUUCUCUUGACAACACAGUUAUAAGCAAUCACAGGUUUUUGUUUUAAUAUUGUAAAUACAUGUAGAGAAUAACGUAUCUAAACAUUGCAAGUUUGCUGUAGAGCAGGAGUGUCCAAUCCCGGUCCUGGAGGGCAAUUCCACUCCAGGUUUAACAGGUAAAAUGAUGCAGUGACCUACCUCAGGGUCUGGAUGGAAGUUUAAUCGGUUCAAUUAAACCAGUGGUUUUCAACUCCGGUCCUCGGGGACCCCUGUGUCUUCUGGUUUUCAUUUCAACUGAGCUCUCAAUUACUUAACUAAACCCUUAAUUGAACUAAUAAUUAGCUUAAUAAAUAGCCUUUUUACUUGUUUUCAGCUCUUAAACAGUUGGAAAUGUUAUAAAUAACUUUAAAUCUGCAACUUUGUAGGAGCUGAGAACAAUUAAAAAGGUCUAAUUAAGCUAAUUAUUAGUUCAAUUAAUUAAGUAAUAAUUAGUUAAGUAGUUGAGAGCUUGGUUGGAAUGAAAACCAGAAUAUUUAAUUAAAGAAUUGAACAAUUUAUAGAACAGGGUUGGAGCAAAGACCAGGAGUGGAUAGGCCAACAUUGGACACCCCUGCUGUAGAGUAUAAUGAGCAUAAAGAAGACUACUUGUAUAUUUGUUCCUGUUCGUUCUGUGGGAUGUUUCAAGUGAGUGAGCUAGUCCUAUACUAUGUUGUUGCAUUCACUGGUAUUUGAUUUCUGUGAUUGGGUACCAAUUCUAUCUUCUACUGUUCAAUUAAGAUUGCUGGACAUUGCAGUUGAAAAAGAGAGCUUCUUACAUUUUGGGAGAUUCAGGAGACUGUAACCCAUUGUAAAAGUAAUGACCAAUAGGAAAAUAUAUUUUAUUAAGUAUUAUGGCUCUAAGAUGGAACAGUAUUUUAUUAAGAGGUAGCUGAAUUUCUACUCUACAGCCGUAGGUGGAUCUGUUGUAGAAGUUUGUUUUCCACUACUGCUAUGCUAUGUAACUUCACCAAUUGCACAGGUGGUCUCAUAUCCCACAUCACUCGCAGCUCAUCGUACCUGUAGGGUUUGUCCUUCAUUUCCCUCAUGUUUUUGGUUCAGGUUUGCAUAGUUGCAGCAAUAACACUCCACAUGCCCAAAGCCAUGAACCCAUUUUCCAGCAACCUUUGGAUUUCAGUGCAGCAUUUUCAUUUUUACAUAAGUUGAAUGUGUGCUUUAGAAGACCAGUCCCCAAGAGCUAUUUUACUAAAGAAAAUUAGUUUUCUGUUGCGAUUUAUAUAAUUGUGUGUGUGUGUAUGUUAUAUAUAUAUAUAUAUAUAUAUAUAUAAGUUGUGUAUAAUUUUACUACUCGCAGUACUGAGUGGUACUGUGUAUCAGACGUCACGGUUCCAGCUGGUAGACUUUGUUUUGUUUAGUACUUCAUACAGGGGGUUGACAUAUAGAGUCUAUACUAUAACCAUGGUGGGGGAGGAGAAUUGGUUAUUUAAAUGAUUUAUCUUAAGCAUGACCUGUGAGGCAGUACAGUAGUCAUAAUGGUUUAUGUUGCAAAAGUGUUGAUAUUGUAGUAGAAGAGCUGGGAAUAAAUGGGGUUAAAACCCAAUGAACUCCAAGCUUUUUUUUUCUCUGAAAAAUGAAUAUUGAAGGCCACUGGAAUUUGGGUGCUCCUCAUAACUUUUGUCCAUACAUUUCUUAUAGGAACGUUUAGACUUGCAUUCAUCAAGGUUGGAUCAUAAUAUUGUUUGUAGCCAAAUACAAUUACACAUUUGCAACACAACACAAAUAAAUGUGCCUGGUUUGGGAUCUCCUUUCAGCAGUGAUGAAGGGGAGAAGUCUGUAGGUAAACUUCAGAAUCUGCGAAACUCAGCGGACACAGAAAAGAGCAUCUUGUGAUCGUUGGGUGUGCAUUAUGUUCCUGCAUCACUGUUAGCAUAAUUUAAACUCAGCCCCAGCAAUUAAUAGGGUUUUGUUUUUUGUUUUUUCUUUCAAUAAGCCUCAAUAAAGAUGUAGCGAAUAAACCAGGUUCUGCCUUAACUAUUACUUCAAAUUAUGUGUUUCAUGCAUGGUAUUAUUGAAUGCAAGCUGUAUGCUCUUAUUACUUAUUAAAUCAGUUACUUGUGGGACACUGCAAUUAUAUUUAAUUUUAAAUUUAGCUGCACAGAAUGUUCUCUUUCAUUCAGGUCCAAUAUUUUGAAUUCCAUAAUUAUUUGAAAAUCAUGUUAUCUUAAACAUUGUGAUAUGUAUAAAUAUUCAUUAUAAAAUAUGUUUCACGCUUGUCUGUAGUUUAUAUAUGGGACUCGUUAUCAUUCAGAAUAUUAAAGAAAAUUAUAAUUUUAUCCAAACCCCAGUAAAUUUGUGCAAGACAGUGGGUAUUGACUAGUCCUUGUAAAUUUAACUGUAAUGAAUUCCAAUGUAUAAUCUAUUGUUUUGGCAACAUAGUAGGCCCUUCAAAAAUCUGGGUAACAAAUGGCAAAUUUUAAAAAACCUAAACAAUUACUCUCUCGGUUCCCAUAUGGUCAUCUCUCUGUCUACCGAGAACAGUUGUGACCCCAAGUGGGUGAUUUGUGUGUACUUCAGUUUUGCUAUUAAAAUUAAAAUAUGUAUGUUUAUUCUUUUUAUGAUUGUUUAUUCAGGAACAAUGUUGUUCCUUUUAGAUUCACAAAUGAUGAUGGGAUUAUGCUUUGUAAGUAGUGUUGCAAUGCAAACAAAGAUGUAAUUGUUUAAUAUUAUUUUAAAGCUGUUCAGGAACAACUCUGGGAGUCAAAGGGUUAAGGUGAGGAUUUUCAGGCCUUGUCUGGUUAACUCAUCUAACCACUGGGUAUUUAGACCCUUGCACCUUCUGUGACUGAGUUAAUAUUUUCAAAACAGCCAAACACACUAAUCACCUAUGUACCUCUGUCCCAUCUUUAUUUUCUGCAGCCACCAGUCUGGAAAGAAAUGUAGUUUGUUAAAUAUGAAAUACCCCAAACAGUACAAUACAUUCAACCAUAAACUGUAACUCACUUAUGAUUUGAAUGAGAAACAUAGGUCUGAACCAGAGACCACAAACUUUGCCUUAGAGAGGAUGUGCACAAGUAGACCAUCACUGGUAUAUGUUGCAGGGAAGGAUUUUCAUUUUAAAGAUCCUUCCAAAGGGAUGCAGCCUGCAUGUAACAGUUGUCAUCAAUCCCUAUUUUAAAAAAGGUCAGAACCUAAUUUCAGUAAAGCUUUAAAUAAAAUGGGUAACCAAAUUGUUUAUUAAUUUAUUUAGUUGUGUUCCAAAGGACUCGAAUGUACUUUUUUAAAAAGACAAAAAAAGUCUGAAAGUAGAGGUAGAUUUUUAUUUUGAGGGUGAAGGGUCCAAGGGCCCAGUAGAAUUUUCAUUUUACCAAUGUUUGUUUUAGUAGAGGAAGCGUCUAAUGUUGGAUGCAACCUCAGGAAAGUCAGAACCAAUUAAUUAAAUUAAAAGGAGGAAAAUGUUGUUGGUAUAAAAUAAACAGUAUAAUAAUCAUCUACCGGUUUUUAUUGAUUGUAUCAAAAUAAGAAUAUAGAAUUGUCGCUUAAACAUAUUGCUGUGUUCAGAAUUUGAAGUGUGUGGUAUGGGAGAGGAGAUUACAGUCAUACUGUAGAAUCAGUAUUUGCAGUUUUAUGAGGUUUUACAUGCCUUUUAUGUUAUUUACUAUUUCAUAUCAUUUAUUAAGAGUUUAUUUUUUAGAUUUUUUUUUCUUUUGUAAUAAUAUUGUAUGUACAGUUUUGCAUGUCAGAUGUAAUCACUUUUGUUUUUAGGGUUAUAAAGGCUGACAAGUGAAAAAAGAAAAAAACUUUUUUUUGUUUUUUUACCUUGAUAAAAGGUUGGGGACUUAAGUGAAUAACCUGCUACCAAAUUAUGUAGAUUAUUUUGCACAUAAAUAUUUAAGGUGGGUAAGUCAAGAAAUGUACUAAGACUAAUCACCAUUCUUGUGUUGAUAACGCAUUAUUAAAAUAUUAACCUGACUUUGAUGUAUUUCAAUAAAACAGGGAACUGUUA